AUAAAUAACUAAAUAUCAACAGGAUUUGUUUAUUUCAAAUUCCAUGUAUCAAAACUGACAUUGUUAAAACUUUUAUUACCACAUUAAUUGAAAAAUAUACUCAUUAAAUCAAUUUAAAUUAUAUAAUUUAUUUUUGCUUACAAAUAAUAGUUGGGGAAAGGCUAAGAGUUUUAACUCAUACUUCCUUUUUGUUACUUCUUCUCCUUUCACUACACCUUCUCCAUCUUUUUCAAAUUACUCAACCCUUCGACUUGCUAGAUCCUCUCAAAGGAAACAAAAAAGUAACAACGUCCAUUUUACCAAAAAAAAGUAACAACGUCCAUGGCAAAUGGUGGCGGCAACAAUAACGCUGGUGGCGGCAACAACAACAACGGUGGUGGGGGCAACAACAACGCUGGUGGAGGCAACAACAACGGUGGUGGCGGAAACCGCAACGGUGGUGGCGGAAACACAAACAACAGUGGAGGUUGCAAUAGGACGGUGGAGUUACAACCCCACCCGGUGAAAGAACAACUCCCCGGCAUUCAGUAUUGUGUCAACAGUCCUCCUCCUUGGCUUGAAGCGGUAGUGCUAGGUUUCCAACAUUAUCUGCUGAGUCUCGGCAUCACGGUUCUUAUUCCAAGUCUCUUAGUUCCAAUCAUGGGAGGUGGUGAUGCAGAGAAAGCUAGAGUUAUACAAACAAUGCUAUUUGUGUCUGGAUUAACAACAUUGUUACAUUCUUUCUUUGGAACUCGAUUGCCUGUAAUAGCUGCUGCUUCUUAUGCCUAUAUCAUACCUAUCACUUCCAUUAUUUCCUCAAGCCGCUUCACUCACUACAUUGAUCCUUUUGAAAGAUUUGUGAGAACAAUGAGAAGUAUACAAGGGGCUCUGAUUGUCGCCGGCUGUUUCCAAGUUCUUGUAUGUUUCUUCGGCGUAUGGAGAAAUAUCGCCAGAUUUCUAAGCCCACUCUCGAUUGCUCCUUUGGCAACGUUUGCCGGUCUUGGACUCUACCAAAUUGGCUUCCCUUUGUUGGCGAGGUGCGUUGAAGUGGGACUUCCCGGGUUGAUCUUACUGGUUUUAGUCACGCAGUACUUACCGCGCUGUCUGAAGAUGAAGCAAGGGGGAAUUUGGGACGGAUCAAGAUGCGAUCGUUAUGGGAUAAUGAUAUGCAUUCCAUUGGCUUGGUUGUUAGCUCUGCUACUCACAUCAAGUGGUGUAUAUAACCACAAGCCUCAAACUACUCAAAUUAGUUGCCGUACAGAUCGUAAUGGUCUCAUCUCCAACACUCCUUGGAUAUACUUACCAUAUCCUUUCCAAUGGGGAAGCCCAACCUUCCACUUCACUGAUUCUUUCGCCAUGAUGGCUGCUUCUUUCGUCACUCUCUUUGAGUCGACGGGUUUGUUCUACGCAUCUGCAAGAUAUGGAAGUGCAACUCCGAUCCCACCAUCAGUUAUUAGCCGUGGUACUGGCUGGCUGGGAGUUGGAGUGUUACUGAACGGCAUGCUUGGAGGCGUCUCAGGGAUCACAACAUCAACAGAAAAUGUUGGACUUUUGGCAAUGACUAAAAUUGGGAGUCGAAGAGUGAUACAAAUAUCAGCUACCUUCAUGCUCUUUUUCUCCAUUUUUGGAAAGUUUGGAGCCUUUUUCGCGUCCAUACCAUUACCAAUCAUGGCGUCCGUUUACUGCAUCGUCUUGUGUUUUGUGUCUUCUGCGGGGCUUAGCUUUCUACAGUUUUGCAACCUUAACAGCUUCAACACCAAAUUCAUCUUAGGAUUUUCCUUUUUCAUGGCUAUUUCAAUUCCUCAAUACUUUAGAGAAUACUACAAUGGAGGUUGGCGGUCUGAUCAUCACUCCAGUUGGUUUGAAGAUGUGAUAAGAGUGAUAUUUAUGUCACACACAACGGUUGCGGGAAUGAUAGCAAUAGUGCUUGAUUGCACAUUGUCUCGUGAGAACGAUGAAGCCAAGAAAGAUUGUGGGCUGAAAUGGUGGGAAAAGUUCAGAUUAUACAAUCUCGAUGUCCGAAACGAUGAGUUUUAUGGUCUACCUUGCUGCCUCAACAAAUUCUUCCCUUCUCAUUGAAACUUUCACAAAUAUAUUUCUUUCUAAUGUUUUAUAUAUAAUAUUUUGCCUUUUGAAUGUUUCAUUCCCUUUCUUUGUGUCACCUCAAUUUUAUAGCGUUUGUUAGAUUUUAUAACAUUUUAUUUAGUUUGUUACAUUUUUGUCUUCAGUUUUUAUAUUCCAUAAAAGUUUGUACUAAUAUACUUAACAGUGUUUCAAACCGUUUAUUAGGUUUGGGGGAUUUCAAUUUUAUGAAUAUGGUUAGGUGGUGCACAGAUUUUGUAAUAUUUGUGAAACCACGAAAAACAAGAAAGAAACCUGAGAUUUAACACUUGCGUCAACCACCAGUCACCACUCCCUCACCUCUUGUUAACACAUUAAUCAGCAUCAGUUGAUUGCAAACAUAUUUACUCAUUUUUGGAAGCAGCUUUCGCAUUUCAUAGCUUUGGUCUAAUUUAAAUAUUUCACAAGAAAUCAUCUUUUAUAAGUUAUAGUAUGGUUUUAAAACAAACACUAGAUUUUGACCCGCACAACUGUGCGGGUGUUUAUUUUUAUUUUAUAUACAUAAAUAUUUUUUUACAUCAUUUAUGAUAUAUAUAUUUAUUUAACAAAUUAAUAUAUACAUUAAAAAUCAUAUUAAAUAUUAUUUUUGUAUUAAUUUAUAUUCAGUUUUGAUCCAUCGACCUUCAAAACUAAGUUUCUGUUAGCAAUAUUUUUACAUUUAAUUAUUUCAGAUAAUAUAUUAUUAUAUAUACAAAAGUCUAAGAUAUGUCAAUUUUUAUACAUGUAUUAUAUAGUUUUUGCAUGUUAAGUCGUUAUAUCAUCGUAUUAUAUUUAUAGCAUAAAUAUUUUAUAUUUAUAAAAACUGUUUUUACAAAUUUAUCAAUUUAAUAUAAUGUUAUCAUAUUUAGUUCAAUAUAAUAAUCUCAUUUAAUAUGAACUAUUAUUAUUAUAAAAUGAUAAAAGGGUAAUUUUUUAUUUUGUAAAUGAUAACUAAAUAUUUAUAUAUUAAUGCAUAAUAAUAGUUCAUUGCUAAUUACGAAAUUAGAUGAAAUAUUUACAUAAAAUUUUAAAAAAUUAAGAUAACGUUAUAAUAUUUUCAAAAGAUUUGUUAAAAAAAUUAUACAUAUAUGUAUAUAUUUAUUUAUAUUUAUAUUUAAAAUAAAAAGAUAUCAUGCAUAAAUGAUUUGUAUUAUUAACUUUGAUGAAAUACAUGUUAAUUUAUAUACGUGUAUUAUAUAGUUUUCUAAUAUUAACACGUGUUACCUACAUAUUACAUUUCGAAUAUAAAUACUUACAAAA